AUGCCAGCUUUUGGGUGCGGCCACGAGCUGCGAAAAUCACGCAUCGGGGUGAAUCUCUCUUAUCUCCCUCAGGUAAACACCAGACGCUGUCCAGAAUGCCAAACUAAAACAGCGGAAGGCAUACUUGGACUACUUAAAAGUAUGCAGAAAUCUCAUGAUGCAGGCGAAUCACGGGAUCCCGGGAUUAACCAACAUCUCAUAACCUACCUUUUCGACCGAUUCACUACACAGCGAAAAGGUGCAGGUUUCCAGUUGGUUUUCAAAGAAUUCUUCUGUGUAUUUGGUGAAGUGUCUUACCACGUGCUUGACCGAAAGCAACUUUCAAGUUUCUUUACCACGGUGCGAGGUCGAUGGGGUAGUGACAUUGCCAAACAAGCCUUACGUGCUCUAGCUACAGCGGCACUGAGGUCUAACGGUAUCUAUGAACUUGUCGAGCCAGCGAGCGCUGACAUUUUGAGUGCAUUGAACCGUAUGAUUAUCCUAUCUAGGGAAAGAGCCGCAGCCGUCGAAACGUUCCAGCAACUUCAAAUCAUUUUAGAUAGUACUGGAACAUUGCGAAUGUUACGAGACGACGUCACAUUCGCGGUAACGCAACUAGAUGAAGGUUAUGCCAAGUGGGAUAUCUCUGCCCGUAAGUAG